UCUUAUUGAUUUUUCUUUCUUAUUACUUUCUUUCUUCCAUGUCUUCUUCUUCUUCUGUUUCUGUUUCUUUAGAUAGGACUUUAAAAACACCAAAAGUGAAGUGAUAAUACUGUUGUUUUUGGGUUGGUCCCCAUUUUGAAAAAAAUUAAAGGAAAAAAUCAUUUUGAAAGAUUUGGUCAGAUCUUGCUUGCUUUCUUAUUCAAUUAUGAGAUUGAUUUUGGUGGAUAGUAUUUCAACACACAAGUGGAGAUUUUUCUUCUCUUUUUCUUCUAAAGCCUUGUUUGUUUCUUAACCUACAUAUUAAUCUCUUAUGCUUACCACCCUUUUCAUCACAACUAACAAAACCACAUCAAUUCCCAUCUCUCAUUCUCUGAUAGACCCUUCUGGAUGAACAUGGCAACAGAAACUCAGUUUCAUGUUUUAGCUGUUGAUGAUAGCAUCAUAGACAGAAAGUUGAUUGAAAAGCUCUUGAAAACAUCUUCUUACCAAGUUACUACAGUUGACUCUGGAAGUAAGGCUCUGGAGUUUUUAGGAUUGCAGCAGGAGAUUGACCAAACAAAUUCUAACUCACUCUCUGAUCCAUCUACAGAUCAUCACCACCAGGAAGUUCAGGUCAAUCUCAUUAUAACAGACUACUGUAUGCCAGGGAUGACAGGAUAUGAUCUUCUCAAAAAAAUCAAGGAAUCUUCAUGUUUGAAAGACAUACCAGUUGUAAUCAUGUCAUCUGAAAAUGAACCUUCAAGAAUUAAUAGGUGUUUAGAACAAGGGGCAGAGGAGUUCUUAAUAAAACCAGUGAAGUUGUUGGACGUGAAAAGGCUUCAACCAUAUUUACUGAGGGGUAAAUCAAGAGAGCAACAACAAUUACAGCCUAUAAGCAGCAAAAAGAGGAAAGCUAUUGAAGAAGCUAUUUCACCUGAGUUGUUAACAAGACCUAGAUAUUGCACUGGAUUAACAACAGUUGUCUAAUUUUGAGUCAUUUUAUUAAUGUAGAAAAAACCUUAGUAGGAGUAAUAAAUAUUUUAUUUUUUUCUUUCAAA